AUGGUUUUGCGCGUGGUCGUUGUCGCCGUUACGUUCCUAGCGUUCUUUUUCGUGCUCUAUAACUUCCCGUGGGUACAACAAACGAUCUGUUAUCCAUCAAUUCUAGCAACAGUCUGCUCUGGCAUAUACUCACAACAGGAAUGGGAUCUGUUCUACCAUCUUGGCGGAAAUGGCCCCUGGAUUCCACGAACGCCAGAAGGUGACGUGACUCGACUACCGCUGAAAUGUGAAGUCGAACAGGUUCACAUGAUGUCCCGGCAUGCAGAGCGCUUCCCUACUGUAAAUGCAGGGGCUCGCCAUUUAGGACUGUUGCAAAGACUGCAGGCGAAGGGUGUCAAACUGUCGGGAAAUUUAGAUUUCGUCAAAGACUGGAAGUAUUUUACCAACUUUGACGAUCCAGACUUCGAGAAUCUUACUACUGAAGGACCUUAUGCAGGUACAGUGCAAGCGACCAAUACCGGACGUAAACUACGGAAGCAGUAUGACAAGCUCAUCGAUUCUGAGCGCACGACGAAGUUGUGGUCUUGUGGUUCACACAGAGACAUUGAGACAGCCAAGCAUUUUGCCAACGGUUUCUUCGGCAGUAAAUGGGAACAAGACAAUUCUGCCCAGCUCGUGAUUAUCCCCGAAACAACGGAUCGAGGCGCUGAUACUCUCACGCCAGGCUCGACUUGCCUAAGGUACAUGAACGAUAAGGUCUAUGGGCACGAUCGUGGAUACGGUGAACUAAAUGUCUGGCAGAAUGUUUUUACUGAACCAAUUAUCAGUCGGUUGAAAGAGGACGCAGGCGGACUAGCCUUGACCCCAAUCGAGAUCUACAGCAUGAUGGAGAUGUGUGGCUUUGAGACCCUAGCUGUAGGGUCGAGUCGAUGGUGUGAUAUCUUCUCGCAAGAGGAGUGGCUAGACUUUGAGUACGGUCGUGAUCUACUGCAUUUUUACCGAGCAGGAUCUGGCAAUGAAUUCGCAGGAGCGAUGGGCUGGCUGUGGCUCAAUGCGACGACAACGUUGAUGGCAAAUGAGACGGCUCGAGGGAUUUAUUUCAGCUUUGUGCAUGACGGUGACAUCGUUCCUUUACUCACUACGUUGGGCAUUCUAGACGAAACAAGCAAUGCGAGUUUCUUGCCGAAUGACAAGAGGAAAGAUAAACGGAGAUGGAGAACGAGUGAUGUGGUACCGAUGGGUGGCAGGCUAAUAUUUGAGAAGGUAACCUGCAGUAAUACCGGAGUUGCAAAGAAUCUGAGAAGAUCUUAUGUGCGUUUGUUCAUCAACGAUGGUGUAUUUGAUCUCGAGAAGAGGAUGAAAGGUGGAGGUCUAGCAUACUCGGUUGGCUUUGCCCAAUGGGCCGAUAUGGUUCGUAAAAAGGGCGAACAAUUUGGAAAGUUCAAGGAGGUUUGCGGCCUGGACAACGAAGCACCGUCAAGUAUAACUUUCUUGCAACCACAAUACCAGUAA